UAUUAAAAGACCUUGAGUCACUCAGUCUUGGCCAUUUAUACCAAGAAAUUUGACGCUACCAACGACGAUGAAGCGGCAUGAUACAACGAAGCAGAGAGUCCUUACUGAAGUCCCAACUGUAGUUGACCCCAGUCGUUUUGAAUCAAAAAAGGCAAGGUUAGAUAGUACAUCAUCAAAUUCCUUACCGGAAUCUCGUGUUCUCCACAUCCGUGGCUUACCAUCCGAUGUGAAUGAACUAGAAGUUUCAACGUUAUCUAUACCAUUUGGCUCAAUCGCCAAUAUAAUACUAACAAGAAAAAAUGGUCAAGCUUUAAUUGAAAUGGAUACUUUGGAGUCAGCAGAAUCUAUGUUUGGCUACUAUACAGCCAUAUGUCCUCCGGUUUUACGUGGAAAGUAUCCCCUAGAAGUGCAGUUUAGUAAAUAUUCUUCUCUCACUAACGCAAUGGCUAAUAAUGCUGCUACAUCUGCUGUCGAGGAAGCUAAUAAACAGUUUGUAACAUUUCAAUGCGAAAAUGAAGAUUCUCCUAAAACUGUUCUGCAUAUUCACAUCGAAAAGUUACACGGUUCCAUGGAAAUCGGUUAUCUUCCAUUCUUUAUGGCAUUUAAACCGUUCGGACAAAUUCUACGUGUGAUAUCAUUCAAGAAAAACGACUCACGUCAUGCGUUUUUAGAAUACAGCAAUACUAUAUCAGCUCACGUUGCUAAAUUACAAAUGAAUGGUGUACCGUUAUUUCCUAUGGAGAGUAAUUUUAACAUUCUUCGUACUGAAUUUUCAAGGCAACCAACUUUAGAAAUUCACCGAGAAGAUAAUAGUUGUAGAGAUUUUAUUCAAAAUCCAUGGAACGAAUCAGAUGAGUUGAAUCAUAAUCACAUAUCAUCAAGUGUAGUAAAUGGGACCAAAAAUUUCCACGCUUUUCUUCCUUCUGUCAAAGAUGAAUGGGAUGAUUUUAGUGAAGAAAAAUUAUCAACUAUGGAUCCAGUAUUUUUAAGUGUUUUGGCUAAUCGACUUAUCAAACCGUUAUUGAAAGUAGCCGCAAGUAUAUCUGGUCCACAAGCUAAUCUGUUGAGGGCACAAGCAACAACACUGUCUAGUCUUACCUCUCUGAUAUCUGAAAAUAGAAAUCAUGAUUCAUUACCUUGGCCUUUGAUUCCAAAUCUACCGGCUAAAGAAACUUCUCAUCUUACAGGACAUUCAGUUCCUUUCUCACCAGUUGCUUUUGUAUCGAAUUUAAAUACUGAGAAAGUCAAUCCGGAUACAUUGUUCAUACUUUUUGGUGUUUACGGGGAUGUGCAACGUGUAAAAAUCCUGCACAAUAAAAGAAGCACCGCCCUGGUUCAAUUCACAGAUGCUAAUCAAGCACUUCGAGCUGUGAAUUUUUUAAACGGUGUCCCAUUGUAUGGUAAAACCAUACAUUGUGUUCUUUCGAAAAAUUCAACUGUUACCAUGCCACACACCAGUCUACAAAAUCCUACAUCUGACGGUGAAAAUGACAUAAAAACUACAUGUGAUUAUACUGGGCAUAAAUUGCAUAGAUUUAAACGUGUCAACUCUCGUAAUCAUUUCAAUAUAUGCGCUCCAUCCAAAGUAUUACAUGUUACCAAUUUACCGGACUCAAUCGAUGACGACAGUUUAAAAAGUGUAUUUGAAAAUGGUACCGAUUAUCAUGUCACACGAAUCAAAUCUUUCAAAGCUGAUAAGAAAAUGGCUUUAAUUGAAUUUGCAAAUUUAGAAGAAGCAGUUUCAGCAUUAAUUACAAUGCAUGAUUAUCCCAUAGAAGAGAAUAUGCGUAUUCGUGUCAGUUUCAGUAAAUCUGCUUUAUAAAAUGUCAUGUGAAUAAAAAGUCAAAGAAAAUAUAAGUAUGAACAAUGUUAUUCGGAUACAAACAUUUCACAUAUAUCUCCAUUAAUUCGCUUUGCUUUAUAUGUAUGUGUUUUCUUAUUAUUAUUAUUUCUUCAUUUCCUCUAAUCGUUUACUAUUAAUUCUAGUUGGUUUCUCACUUUUAAAUUAUCUUGUUUAUUCCUUCAAUUUAACGGAUUCAUGAGUUUAGUUAAAAUAAAAUAAUAAAUGUAUUUUCAAUCAAUUAA